AUGCCGGAUGAAUUACCACGAAUUCCGAAGAAACGAAGGCCAAGGAACAAGCCUAGAUGUAAGUUAAUAUAACUUUUUUAUUGUUUUUGACUGUUCAAGAUGUAUUUUACAAAAUUUUGUUCAAUUAAAACUUCUAAUUAUGUAAAAAAAAGUCGAUUUUAGCUCACAUUUUUGAAAAUUUUUUUAAAACUUUUUUAAAUUUCAAAUUAAAAUAAGACAUAAUAAGGUAUACGAUUUGUUAUAUUACAGCUGACGCCUGGCUCCAGCAGAACUUGAAUGCAUAUCGGCCGAGUUUCACCUUCAGAUGCGCGUUACCUGUGAUAGCGUCGACGGCAGCAGUUUGUUGGGGAAUGGGGAUAACUUUGAUCUACAACAAUUCUAAAGGUAACUUUAAUAUACGGGCGGGUAGGUCAUUUUGGGUAGGGGUCUAUAGCGAGGGUUGUGAGCGUUGUGACUAGAUCUGUAAAGGGACCAAGCUCGGUCUUUUGGGUUCAGGCUUUUGGACUCACGUUUUCUGGCUCGUGCCUGACUUAUUCCAAUUUAUUUCAGCUUGGCCCGGUUUCUUAUACGUAUGAAGCUUUAAAAUCAGAUUGGCUUUACACUUUUUUCAAGUAAAAUUUUUUGUUGCGGAACCUAAACUGGUUUUGUGAGGCGGCCUGUAUCUCUGGCCCGCGCGAUCCGAGCCCGGCUCGGUCCCUUUCAAAAUUUUUUUUUUCAGUUUGGGCCAGGGCUGGACCGGGCCCAACAAACUCUUUUUCUAGUCUAGCAGGAGUUCAUAGCGAGAGUUGUGACGAUAAACACGUUUUUUGUGAAAAGGUCCUUCUGUUGUCUUUGUUUUUACUUCUAAUUGUAAAACUUGUGUAAAAUACGCCGCUGUAAUAUAUGUAUUCCAAAAUCAUUUUUUUAGCAAUUGAACACGAGAUUGACUACACAGAUUGUUCCAAUGGCGGUGAUUUAUGGCAAACAAAAGUAGAAGACAGUAAAAAAAUAUGUACUCAUGAAUUUCACCUCGAACAGGAAUAUAAGGUAAGUUUUUAGAAUUGCUAGGGCUUUUAUCAACUUUUACUUAAAUUUUAAAAAAAUUUUAAAAAAAUUUUUUAAAAAUAUGUAAAUACUAUUUUCAGGGUGAUGUAACGUUUUACUACGGUUUGGACGGCUUUUAUCAGAACAUUCGAAAGUACCAUCAAUCUAGGAAUGAUCACCAGUUAAGAAGCCAUGAUUUGAGAGCUACAGAAGACUGUUAUCCUUAUGAACAUUCGAAAGUGAAUGGCAGAGAAUUGCCAAUCGUACCAUGUGGAGCUGUUGCUAAUUCUAUGUUCAAUGGUAAGUUGUGGGAUUGUCAAGUUUAAAACAGGUGGGUAAGGAAGAGUAGAAUACAUUAGGGUAGGCUGGAGUAGCUUAAGAACCUUUAUGGCUUAUUUGUUUCAGACACUUUCACCUUGUACAGAGUAAUCGACGGCAACCAUGUCAAAGUUGAUUGGACGGCACUAGAUAUUGUAGAUCCACGCUUCCGCGAGAAGAAAUACAAGAAUCCAAAGACGUGUCGUGGCAAUAUCACUACCUGUCCGGGCUUUGAAAACACGGCCAAACCGGAAGACUGGACUCGCCAUAUUGCUGAAAUUGGCGAUGUAGAGACUGGCCGAGCCUUGGAGAAUGCAGAUUUCAUUAUUUGGAUGGAGACGUCAGCCUUGCCCAACUUUAGAAAGGUCUACAGAAAAUUGAGAGUAUUGCCAGCGAAUGAGAACAAAGAUGGAUUGAACGUUGGACGUUAUGUUUUGGAGAUUGUUGACAGUAGGUUUUAUUUUUUUUUUGUAAUUUUAACGGUUUUUUAUGUUUUUUUUUGAACUUGAACUGCUUUUGAUGUUUUUUUGGUUUUCAAACGAUUUUUUUGGAAAGUAUUGGGUCCCACCACGAAAACAUGGAAAAUAAUACUAUAAGCAUAAAAUAGCUCAAUAUUAUGCGGUUUUAACUAAAUAAGAACUGUGAUUAUUAUAAAUUGGUUUAUAAUUUAUAAAAUAUGUAAAAAAUGUGUAUUACCACGAAAACUUGAAAUUUGGGUUUUUUGAGCUAAAAUUACUCAAAAUGACUUUUUAUGGUUGUAAAAUGACAAAGGAAAGUAAAAUAUGGAAGCUUUUUUAUAAAAAUAUAGUUCUAAUUUUAAAAUUGUCCUGAAAGUGGGUCUCACAACGAAAACUUGAAAUUUGGGUUUUUUAGCUGAAAGGGCUUCGAAUGGCUUUGUACGGCUUCAAACUAGUAAUAACAAGUAG